GACGUCGAAAACGGACCAAUACCCAAGUCGCCAAAUUGACUGCGAAUCGAGACUUACAUAACUCCGCUUUCCCUACGUAUGCCCCUCGCUAUCCAAUACAUGGGUUACCGCAGUAUCGUCCGCCUACGCCAGACUACCCACCGUCGUCGUAUUUACAUCCUUACCCGUCUCAUCCCCACCAUCCUGCCUACGGCCAUGGGGGCCGUGGUUAUGAACAUGGUAUCCCUCCACACCCACCACCUUAUGGAAACCGUAUGCCGCUUCCUCCACCUCAUCCGGGCAGUCCACACGGAUACCCUAUCUCUCCCAGGAUGUCCAUGUCCUCGCACGAUGGAAGAGCGCGGCGCAACUCGGACAGUCGUCGUUAUGCGCCUUAUCCACAUCGCCCUCCCUCUUCACAUCAUCAAUAUGGCCCGUCGUCGUCCGAGAUGCCUACCCAAGGAGGGGGAUUCAAUCUUCCGCCCAUCUCGGCCAUUGGCUUCGGUCAGCCGGGAUACCCGGCACACCCUGGACAUCCCGGUGGGGAACCUGCACCCCGCCAAAUGCUCGAGAGACCUCUUCCACCAAUCGGUAACCUUCGAGAAGGAUACACCCAAAGCAUGGAUACUGCGAGUGUGCUGCGGCGUCUGAAGAUUGACGACGGUAAUAACGCCGCCGUAUCUCAGCAGAGCCAGGGCCCCAUCGCUGGACCAUCGCCGCUCACGCCACUAGGUUCAAGGCAUGAGAUGCCGUCCGAUAAGUACAUGGAGAGUCGAAGAAGGUCAUUGAGCGCGCCACCGCCUCACCAAUUUUACCCGUCACAACAGGAUUACGGGGUUCACGAAAGCCAUCACCCUCACCCGCAUGCUCGAGAGCACGGGUAUUCAUUUUCGAGGCCAACGCAUCAUUAUUCACGAUCAGGAGAAACUCCCGGGUAUCACGCAGAUCAUAACCCCUCUCUCGGACCUCACCGUCGGGAACGGCAACGAUCGUUCCAUGGUGCACCGUAUGAACAUCGUCGUCAUAACCGAGAGCCUGUGUCAACACGUCCUUCGUCACCUUCAUCAUUUUGGACUCAGACUCCUAACAUGCGCUCGCCUACUCACUCCACUGAUCGUUCUCCCCCAUCUCCCUUGUCUUCCCCUCAUGGUCGUUGGUCACCACCUACUGCCGAACCGAAGAUCUGGGAAGUAGGCGACGAUGAGGUUGCAGCAAAGGCUGGUCACACUUCUGGCUUCGUUUCGACCGAGGGAUUCCCCCCUUCCGUUCGUCUCCGUGCCCGUUCGCAGGAGGAUGAGCUGAUGUCGGACUCGGAUGGUUCGCCUCGUGGCUCACCUCAACUGCCGAUGCGUGAGGUUGACAUGACCGACCCUGCGAACGAGUUCGAACGUCGACCGCAUUUAAUACCUGUGAGCGAUGUCAGGAGGUCACCCGUUACGGGCGUUGCCCCCAUUGCCGGUGGUGGCCCCGCCAGUGUUCCCGGAUCACCUGUUCGGACGAGGUUAUCGAAGACGGCUGAUCGUAGCGGGGUUAGGACACCCGUGAGUCCUGUUACCAAGCGUCCAUUAUCAGCAACGACUUCGGCGAAGGGUUCGCCAUCUGGGGAUUCGAAGCUGACUGCUACUGCUGGCGCUGUUACCGGAGCUCCUGCUGCCACUUCGUCCGCCUCUGCUCCUACUUCAGUUGCUCAUCUUGGUUCUCCCGAGUCAUCGCCCAGAGUCCGAGUGCCUAUACGGCCGUGUCCAAAAACUUCCAAAGCUUGAUGGCGCGCAUUUUUUCAUCGUUCCCCUUUGAUCACCCCGCUGCUACAGCUACAGCUACCACCACGACGUCACUAAAGCCCCUUUCUCUUCCUCUUCUUUUCUUUGUACCGGAACUGUUACCUUCUCCUCUCCAAGUUACUUGGCUAUAACAACA